AACACAUUGACGUCUGAUCAAAGAUCCAAGAAUGUAAAGCAUGCAGAAGGUGUGGCAUAAAGCUGUAUAUAAGUAACAUCCUCAGGCUCUUUAGUCACCCACACAUCUGCAGGAACUCAAACAGGUUUGAAUACUGCUGGACUACUUUCUGAAGCAUCUCAAAGUCUACAUUUAUCAUCAUGGAGCGUAAUUCAACAGAAAUAAUGGCCCCUGACAGUAGAGAUGAAACCUUGGUUAGUGGUUCGGAGUUGACACUGGUGGAAUAUUUCCAACACCUUUCUGGACCUGUUGCACAGUAUGUGCGACAACACCAGGGGUCCACCAACACGCAACUGUUCUCUUUUUUGGCACUUCUGAACGCAUACACUCCUGAUUCCUACCUCCUGAUGCCUGAGUGUCAAAAGAUCCUUGGACCACCUGAUCCCAUCCAUGGAGGACCCCCCUUUGAAGAAAGAAUGAAGCCUUUUACUUUCUUAAUCAGCACAUCCAGUUCAAGCUCUGUGCAUAUGAUUCACCCAUUGGUUGCAAAGAGAGCUGUGGAGCUGCUAGCUGAAUUAGGGAUUUCCAGGAGUGCUACAAUGAAGAAAUUUAUGUUCUCAGUUUGUGGAGAUCAGCCCCAACCAUAUAUACUCCAGUUCAUCAAAGAUUUGCUGACAAAAAGAGAAAGUGGAGAAAGGGGUAGAGAGAAGUUCUCAAGGAUGAUUGAAGAUAUAGGGAAGAAAGAGAACUUUUACAACGCUGUCUCUGUCUUGAAAAAGGCAUCAGAUAAAUUCACACAGAACCCAAUUUUCCCUCAAACUAUUUCCCGUCUCUUUUACAUCCGCGAAGAGAUCACUGACUAUAAAAAAGCUGAAGAAUGGGCAAAGAAAGCUAUUACAAGAGCUCCAAAAAACUCUUAUGUAGCUGACAAUCUUGGGCAGAUUUACAAGAACUGUUUGAUGAGGAAAGCCACGCAACUGAAGGAAAUCUCAAACGUGGCAAAAGAUGCCUUCGACGCAUUUAAAGAUGUGGAGAUGAAAGCUGAGAGAGAAGAGGACCCUGGAAUGGAGGACAUAGCUCGUACUGUAAGCCUUUCAAAUUUCUUCAACAACAGAGGCCUUUUUGGCUUCAUGCAAGUGGCAAAAAUAGCCUUUGAAAAACUCUCACAGGAAAACAGUAGUUUCACCCAAAACUUAGUAAAUGAAGAAGAAGUUAUAGACAAGUUUGUCUUUUUUGAAUGGUACCUAACCUACUCCAAGCCUGACAUGACAUCCUCAGAGCCCCCUUACUUCUGGAGGGAUGUAGUACUUUGUUACGAACACUACACAACAGCAACAGCAGCUGAAUCCACCAGCUUUACAGGCCUUCUAGAUUGUCUGAAUCACGGCCUUUUCAUGUCAAAGGGAAGACGUGCUAGGUUUGUGGAGGCUGAGAAAACAGUGUCUGAUUUAGAAGCAAUCCGAGAUGAUUUGAAGACCAUCUACGAGACCACCGAUGAUGUCGAAGCAGCUGAGAGGUACAUCCUCUCCAACAUCAUCUUGAGCAACAAAAUGCAUAACUCUCCCCGGCUGACCCCGGUAAGAGAACUCCAAACAAUAAUACACAGAUUCUUGGACACAGAAGUAGGGCACAGAAGCCCUGAGUUUUACCUUUUGGUUCUGCUGUUGUUUUGGCCUGAGGUAGAGCCUCAGGUGGUGCAAGAAGAGGAUGAUGAAGAAGUUGAACUACCGUCCACAGAAGAUGACGAGUCAAAUGACCAAAUCUGGGAGGAUGAGGACAACGACGAGGAACAAGAACCAAGAGGAGAGCCUGCACAACCAUCUCUCGAGCUCACGUUCGACCGUGACCUGCAACAGUAUGUCACAUUAAUGAAGACAGCGUAUGACAGAUCAAAGUAUGCCAAGUACCUUCGAGGCCGUUACCUUUUGCCUCUGUUUUUUUUGGGAAAGGGCUCCGGACUGAGCAAAUGGAUUCACAAAUCAAGGUUGGAUGCAAUCGUGGAAGAAAAAGUUGACUCUGAACUAUGUGUAGCAAUGAAGGAGAAACGCAUCGAUGAAAUGUGGAUCAAGGGGGAAGUGUGGGGAAUCCCAGAAAUCCAAGAUAUCCUCCUUCCAGUCCAGGGAGAGCUAUGCCAUUCUCCCACGAUGCCACAGGGGCGUGAAAAGCAGGACGUGAUUCUUUGUGUUGGAGGGAAGAAAAUAAUGGCCGUAGCAGAGAUUGAACCUGAUGCUUCAGCACUGAGCCCAAUGCUUUUCUAUCUUGGCUUCACCAUUCAGGGUCCUGUCAUCUUUAAAGUGGGAUUUCCUCACAUGUUCGGACAGUGAUUCACAAGGAACACUUUGGGAGUGUAAUAAAGACUCAACAAACAUUUGCUUGACAACAUUAUAGACUUUUUUCCUUUACAAAACCACGGAUGGUGAUGCAUGAAAAGUCAGGGGAUCACCGAUAUCAGUAGUUUUUAUCGUCUUGGCACUGUGAAUGUCAUGGCAACCUGUAAUAGUUGCUUAGAUAUUUGAGUAGACGAUAUAGUGGUAUAUUUAAGUUAGGUUUAUUUAACCAUGUUGCGUUAGUGAUUUUUGCGAAGGUGGACAGGCAUAUAAAACAUUUUCUUUCAAAAUCAGGUUGACAUUUUUUGGAAAUAGUUUUUUUACCCUAAAAUGUACUCAUGAACAAACUUAAAGGUAAAAUUCUUGUAUUGGACUGUAUUCAAUUUUUGCGUAUGUUGGUUGCAUUUCUGUUGAUUUAAUGUAUUUUUUAGGCCUAUGUGUAUUCUAUAAGAUCUAAAUCAAUAUUUUAAAAGAAACAUCUUGAAAAUGAAAAUGUCAUUAAAAAGAAUGUAUGCAGAUGAUUUGGCAAUAAUGAUGAAGUGUACUGAAAUGAUGUCAGAGGUGUGCUGCUGUAUUACUUUUUUUUAAAGUGUACCUAUUAUUUGAAUUGAUGGGGAAAAGGGAGUUUCAUAGGCCUGUGUCCAUUUAUAUGUCAGUCAUUUCUGUUGUGAAUAAUAAAUAAAUAAUUUACCCCAUCUUCAA